AUGCAGUAUUAUCUAGUCGCGACAUGCAAGGACAGAAGCGAAGACGAGAAAGUCGCUAUUUUUAUGUGCAUGAUUGGCAGACAAGGACAAGACAUCAGAGAUACAUUCGAACUUGAUGAAGACAAAGACGGUGAAGAAAUCGUGACAGUGGAAAUACUAAUUCAGAAGUUCGAGCAGUACUGCAAACCAAGGAAAAAUCUAAUCGUUGAGCGACAUCGAUUUCUAACGAGAAAUCAAGAACAGUCUGAGACAAUCGACCAAUAUGUGACUGAACUCAAGACUCUGGCUACAAGCUGUGAGUGGGGCGACAUUAAGGACGAUUUAAUCUGCAGUAGAAUCGUAAGCGGGAUCGUUUCGACUAGAGUCAGAGAAAGGCUUCUUCGAGAACCCAAAUUAAAGCUUACACGAGCGAUUGAAAUAUGUCAAGCAGACGAAUUAUCAUUACAACAAUUAAAGCUAUUCAACAACGAUAAAGAAGUCGGGGCAAUUAACAAAACACGUCAACCGCGACGGAAAUAUAUCCCGAAAAACAACCCAGAAGCUAGAAAGCCAAGACAAGAUCGAGAUGAAAGCAAAACCUGGAAGACUUGUACGAAUUGUGGAAAUAAGCAUCCGAAGCAAAAGUGCCCAGCGUUUGGUCGACAGUGCAACAAAUGCAAGAAAUUCAAUCACUAUGCAAAGAUGUGUCGCUCAAGCGGAAAAUUAGAUGCAAUCGAGACAAAAUAUUCAAAACCUGAUGAAACCGGCGAUGAUUUUCUAUUUCUUGACACAAUAACAGCCGCCGUAGACGAGACAAAAACACAAAGUCAAAAUCAAGCAGAAUAUGCGACCCUGUCGGUGAACAACACUGAAGUUGAGUUAAAAUUAUACACUGGGGCAGAAGUGAACGUUAUUCCAAUCGAAACUUACAAAGCCCUAGCGACCACCACAAGAAUACAGCUUAGAAAACCAACAGUUAAUCUCGUUGCGUACAACGGCAAGCCAGUCCCCGUGAAAGCUGUGUGUAAUUUGCAGUGCAAGUAUCGAGGAGAAGAGUAUGAUCUGGAGUUCUACAUAUCCGAAUCACCCAGUGAACCAGUACUCAGCAUAGCAGCCUGCAAAGAAUUAAACCUCAUCAAAUUUACUCAGGAAUUGAAAUCAGAAUUGGUAGACGGUAGUUUUUCAAUGACAACAGAGCAAGUUUCAGAAGAGGAAUACUCAAAACAAAUUCGAAAAGAAUAUGCUGAUGUAUUUUCUGGAUUAGGCUGUCUCUCUAGACCGUAUCAUAUGGAAGUAGAUCCCAUGGCAGACCCCGGUCAUACAUCCGCCACGCAAAGUUCCACACCCUCUGAGAGAUCAACUAGCUGA